AACCUAAAAACAUUUGACAGAUAAUGUCAACAUCGACAAUAUUCAUCGAACGGUACGUGGAGCUAGACCGUGUUGAUUUACCGGUGAAUUCUAUUAAUUUUUCUAUAGUUCUCUAAACAUCAUGUCAACAUUUAACAAUAAAAAUAAAAAGAAAACACCACAAACUGAGAAUUACAAUAAGUCCAAUUCGACGAAUGCAUGGCAUACCAAAGAUACAAAUCAACAAACAACAUCAAAAGAAACAAAGAAUGCGACAAACAAGCAAAAUGCGUCCAAAAAUAAAUUUAAAGAGGCUCAAAUGGAGCAUAUACAGGCGGCAAAAAAACACUUUCAAAAUUAUGAAACCAGUUCGGAUGAGGAAGAUCUCGAAAGUGAUGCAUUGCUCGAAUCAGUGUUCAAAGGCUAUGACGGUGAUCGAAGCCAAUUAAGAAAGACACAAGAAUUUCUUGAGCAUGUUUUUCAAUCAGGCGCAGCCACUUGUCUUAUUUGUAUUGCAACCGUUAAGAGAACGGAUUUUAUCUGGUCAUGCGAAAAUUGUUUUAGUUUUUUCCAUUUGAAUUGUCUGCAAAGAUGGGCAAAAGACAGUAUAUCACAACAGAAAAUGCACCAAGAGAAUGAUGUUGGCGGCUAUUACAAUAAUCAAGGCGAAUAUAUUCCAAAGCAAGUGAAAGCCAUCAAAUGGUGCUGUCCCAAAUGCCGUGCUGAUUAUCCUCCAAGUGAUAUACCACAAAACUACUUUUGCUUCUGUAAAAAAGAGUUGAAUCCGGCAAAUCAUCUGUGGUUAGUACCACAUUCAUGCGGUGAAGUAUGCGGGAAACCAUUAAAAUCGGCAUGUUCGCACAAAUGUCUAAUACUUUGUCAUCCAGGGCCAUGUCCGCCGUGUUCACAAAUUAUAAGCACAUCAUGUGAUUGCAAUAAGUCUAAUUUAAAAACGAUACGAUGUUCACAAAACUCUUGGAAAUGUGGAAAUAAGUGUUCAAAGAUUUUGGCGUGUGGUAUUCAUAAAUGUGAUCAAGUUUGUCACAAAGAAUGUGCACCAUGUACAAAAAAGAGUCAACAAAAGUGUGUAUGUGGUAAUCGAGUACAGGAACGAGACUGCAAUAGUUUGAUUUGGUCAUGUGAGAAAAUGUGUAACAAAUUGUAUGCAUGCGGACGACAUCGUUGCAAGGUUAAAUGUCAUAGCGGUGAUUGUGGUGAAUGCCCUUCUGGUCUACUGAGAUCGUGUCCAUGCGGCAAAGAAACAACUCAAGCACCAUGUACAUUGGAUGUUGAACCUUGUGGCAAUACAUGCCAAAAAAUCCUGAAAUGUGGCAGUCACAUUUGUGCAGAGCGAUGCCAUCGAGGUGAAUGUGGCCAAUGUUUGGAAAUUGUCGAAAAAAAAUGUCGUUGUGGAAACUAUUCAAAAGAGUUACCUUGCAGCAAAACAUUUCUGUGUGAAGCAAAAUGCAAACGUAUGCGAGACUGUAAUAAGCAUGCAUGUAAUCGAAAGUGUUGCGAUGGUGAUUGUUCACCUUGUGAUAAAAUAUGCGGAAAGACGCUAUCUUGUGGAAAACAUAAAUGUACAUCCGUUUGUCACCAUGGACAAUGUUAUCCAUGCACUUUAACAGCGACUGUUAAAUGCCGAUGUGGCAAUACAUCGAUGGAUGUUCCAUGUGGUCGUGAAAAGAAAACCAAACCACCAAAAUGUAAUCUACCAUGUAAAAUUCCAUCAAAAUGUCAUCAUAAUAAUGUGCACAACUGCCAUAUGAAUGAGUGCCCGUCAUGCAAUAACAUUUGUAUGUUAACAAAUGAUGUGACCAAUUGUGAACAUCCAUGCCGAGCCAAAUGUCAUGAUGCUGUUAAAGUGCUGGUUGUUGAUAAGAAUUUUAAGCCAGCUGGACCAUGGGAUAUUCAACCAGAAAAAUAUGAGAUUCGAAAAUUGCCGCAUCCAAAAUGUGAAGUUAAAGUACCGGUUGAAUGUAUUGGCGGACACGAAUUGGCAUUAUGGCCUUGUUGGAAUUCGAAACCGGCAUCAUGCGGUCGAAAUUGUGGCCGAACAUUGAAAUGUGGCAAUCAUUUGUGCGAACAAAUGUGCCAUAUUGUUGAUGAUAAAACGUCAAAAAUGCAAGAUAAAUCAUGCGCCGAAUGUUUGGAAGGAUGCCAAGUACCGAGACCGCCGGGAUGUUGUCAUUCAUGUGAGAAAAGAUGUCAUCCAAAACCAUGCAAUCCAUGCAAUGUGGUCACUAAAACGGCCUGUCACUGUGGAUUGAAUCAAGUUUACUAUAAAUGUCACGAAUUCUAUGGUGAAAAUCAACAUGACAAUGAGGUUAAAGAAAAUCGAGAGAAACGUCUUAGCUGCGGCAAUCGAUGUAUUAAGAAUUUUUCAUGCGGACAUCGUUGCACAAAUGUAUGCCAUUCGGGCAAAUGCCUGAACGAAGAAUCUUGCCGGAAGAAAUUAAAAGUUUAUUGCGAAUGCAAAAAUCGAAAAGUUGAAACCACUUGCGACAAACUGCGAUCCGGAUUUAUAUUGGGUUGCGACGAUACUUGCAGGUCAAGACAAGAAGAGACGAAACGUGUGGCUGAACAACAAGAACGCAUCAAGCGUCAACAGGAAGAAGAAAAGAAUCGUAUAGAACUUGAGGAAUUUGAAAAGAAAUUCGGAAAGAAAAAAUAUAAGGAGAGAAAAGCACAAAUUAUUGAAGAUACCGAUAAUUCGCAUCUUUACAAAUGGGCAGGGCUUGUGGCUGCUGGAGCCAUACUCGCCGGUUUUAUUUAUUAUUUAUUUGCUCAAUAAUUUUAGCAGAUUUUUUUUUGACAAAUUAAACAGGAGAUUUACCUUUUUCCAAGUUUUA